UUCCGGCGCCAGGAGGAGGGCGCGCUGCUUGUGCUGUGCCGCGGUCAGUCAGGCUGCGCCCACUUCUUCCGCGUCUACCUCGCUGGGGCCCAUCGCCGUCGCUGCGCUCCAAUCCUGCCAGGAAGAUGUCUGAUGAGUUUUCGUUGGCAGAUGCGCUCCCCGAACACUCCCCUGCCAAAACCUCCGCUGUGAGCAGCUCCAAGUCCAGCCAGGCACCCCAGGGCUGGCCCGGCUCCAGCCCGUGGAACACCCCGAGUGCCCCGCCUUCGCUGCCUGCUGGACCCCCGCCAAGCGCAACACCUUCCACUGCGCCUUUCGGAGCAGUGCCCCCAGGAAUGUACCCAGCUGGGCCACCACCAGGACCCCCGGCGCCAUUCCCACCCUCCGGACCCUCGUGUCCGCCACCAGCAGGGCCUUACUCGGCUGCAGCAGUGCCGGGCCCUGGCCCCACAGGGCCAUAUUCCACACCAAACAUGCCCUUUCCAGAGCUGCCCCGGCCCUAUGGUGCCCCCGCCGACCCAGCCACCGCGGGGCACCUAGGUCCAUGGGGCUCUGUGUCUUCAGGAUCAUGGGCUCCAGGCAUGGGAGCACAGUACCCAACCCCUGGUAUGCCGUACCCUCCGGGGCCAUAUCCCGCUCCUCCUCCUCAGGCACCGGGCACCGCUCCACCCGUCCCCUGGGGCACUGUGCCACCUGGGGCCUGGGGACCACCAGCACCAUACCCUGGGCCUGCAGGCUCAUACCCCACACCAGGACUCUACCCAACACCCAGUAACCCUUACCAAGUGCCUUCAGGACCUGCGGGUGCUCCACAGCUGCCUGGCGGACCCCACUCUUACCAUUAAGUUAACAGUGGAUGAAGAGAUGACGCUUUGCUUUUUGAAGUACAUACAUGUGCACACAGAUACAUAUAUAAAAACUGCCAGUCUCGCUAUUCUUAGAGGGCAUUCCUGAAAGAACCACUUGCCCUCCGAAGAUGUCUGCCUGUUGUAUUGGGAUAUGUAGUGCAUCGGAUGGGUGCAGUCAGCUGGCAACACAGAAGGAAGUCAAGCCGAUGGAAUCAUUUGGCUUUUGUGGAAAGUUAAGAUGAUUAUAUUGAAUAGCUCUUUGCUAAAAUUUGUUUAAAUUAUGAAACUAUACACUUAAAAUUGUAAAAUAGGGAUUAUUGUUGAAUUUGCCAGUGAAAUUGUAGAUUCUAGGUAUUUUUCUAUAACCUCUUUCCCUCCCAUAAAUAACUAUAAAAAAUCACAUUUUAUUCUAAACAAAUGCUUCUUCUCAGCAUUUUGUGCUGCUCUGUCUAUAAGGUAAAUCUAGUCUUCUUAGGGUUAUUUUGGAUAUACAUUUUAAAACUAUGAUGGUCAUAUGUCCGGUUCAUUGGCCAACAACUGUUCGUUUUUAUCCUUGAGCUAUUUAUAAGAGCCUGUCUUUUGUUGAUGCCAUAUGGGUCUCUAAAAUGUGCCACUUACUAAAACUUCUUUGCUCGGCUCUGUAAGUAAAUCCAGGGCCUCGCCUGUGCUGCAGCUAGCGCCCUGCCACAGAGCUCUACCUCCAGUCCUGAUUUCUUUCCUUUUAAUGCACCCCAAUAUGUGUGCAAGUUCUGUUCUUAGCUGUGCUGUGCUUGACAGCGGAUUGUGAGGUGUGUGUAUUACUUGGAGAAGAGCUCAAGAAAAGAAUCCAGCCUUCGUUGUAAACCUUUAAGCUGGCCCUAGGAAUUGCUUUGCGCUGGGUGCUUUUCUGCAGCCCCCAUCCACGAAUUCGUAGGAGCAGCACGGCAGUUGCUCCCUGGCACAGAAGGUGGCACACACCGACUCUGUUAGGACGUAGCAGUUAUGCCCAGAGAACCUCCAGUCAGACGGGCACGUCACUCUGUUUUUACACAUGCAGUCAGGUGUCUAGGAAUCAGAGCCUAGUUGAGUGACAUCCUUAUCCUUGCAGUUUUCCAGAGUCUGUUUAUAAUGUGUUCCUGGCUGACAGUUCAGUUCUUUAUUGGUUGACAGGCAGAUAAGUAGAACUGAGCAUUGUCUUUGAUAAAAGUCUUACUUAGUUCUAACACUGAAAAUGAUAAACUGUAGAUUUCCACCAAGUCUCAGGUGGCAGGGCUGCGCUGCCUAGGUAGUAGCUAUUGUUCAUAACUGCACAGCAGCCGUGGUGGUUUCUUGGCAGCCCACCUCACGUCAGUCUUGGAUUUGGGAUAGACUUGACCUUAUUUUAGCAAAUCACAUUUUGAAAUUUUGAAUGUAUCCAUUGAGCCUCUAAAAUAUAUUGUGAAUUUCUCAAAUAAGUGUAAAAAAAGAUUUAUGCUGGAAAUGUUUCACUUUGAAAUAAUAUACUCAGUAGUUUCCUUUUCCUAUAAUUAAAAUGUCAGUUUGUACCCAUACAGUGGUUUGAUACCUACUUCCUUUUAAGAGAGUAAGAUUGUCACCUUUGAGAGGAGGAUUUAGCAUUCAAGCCUCGUUUCUUUUAAGUAGCUGAUAGAUCCAAGCUCUCAGAAUUGACAAAGGUAGAAAUUAAUUUGCUUAAGUAAUUUUCAGAUUUAAAUGUUCUUACACUUAAGAGCAUAGUGGCACAAGUGGACAGUCCUUUCACUUCAGCGCAAGGAUGGCUGAAACUGUUGGGGAUGCCCUAGAAC